AAGCGGCGGCAGCAGCAGCAGAAGAAGAAGCGGGGAGUGUCACUCUCGCGUUGAGUUGAUCUUCGGAGGACGCCUGCUGUGGAUGACAACCGUCCAGCCCGUCGUAGGAACAGCAGCGGCGGCGGCGGCGGCGCUCGGCUGAUCGGGGUUUCACCACAGCGGCAGAAGGGACCGAACUGGACCGAACCGAACCGAACCGAACCGGGGGAGGGAUUUACUGUCUCCGUCCGAGCAUGGCGACCCACACCACCGCAUCCUGCACUGGAUCCACUCUGUUGCAGCCAAUCAGCGAGAUCAUAAACCUCCCGCUGGACCAGGUUAACUUCGUGGCGUGUCAGCUGUUCGCGCUGCUCAUGGCGGUGUGGUUUCGGCUCUACCUCCACCCCAGUAAGACCAGCCCCUUCGUCAGACACGUGGUGGCUACGCUGCUGGGCCUCUACUUGGCUCUCUUCUGCUUCGGCUGGUAUUCGGUCCAUUUUUUGGUGCAGAGCGGCCUGUCCUAUGGGGUGAUGAUCUUUGCCAGCCUGGAGCACAUGCACAAGUACUGUUUUAUCGUCACCCUCGGCUAUCUGAUUCUCUGUCAGAUCACAAGAGUCUACGUCUUUGACUACGGCAUGUACUCCGCAGAUUUCACAGGGCCCAUGAUGGUUAUAACGCAGAAGAUCACCAGCAUGGCGUUUGAAAUCCGUGACGGUUUGACGAGGGAAGGACAGCUGACUCCCAGUCAGAAAUACCUAGCUAUCAGCCGGAUGCCCAGCUUGCUGGAGUACCUGAGCUACAACUGUAACUUCAUGGGCAUCCUGGCUGGACCCACCUGCUCCUACAACGACUACCAGGCCUUCAUCGAAGGCACGUCCUACCAGCGCCGGCACCAGGAGAACGCCAACGGCAAGGAGAACGGGAAGGUCAAGCAGAACGAACCCUCGCCAAAGCGCGCCGUCGUGUCCAAGCUGUGCACCUGUGCCAUCUCUCUGACCACCUACCUGUCGCUGUACCGGCUGCUCCCGGUGGACUACGCCAUAGACGACGGCUUCGUCCGCUCCACACCCGUCUACCUGCAGGUCGUCUACCUCUACCUGGCAAUGCUGGCUCUGAGGCCAAAGUACUACUUUGUGUGGACUCUUGCCGACGCCAUCAAUAAUGCAGCCGGCUUUGGCUUCAACGGCUACGACACAGACGGCUCCCCGCGGUGGGACCUCAUUUCAAAUCUCAGAAUACUGGACAUCGAGUUUGCCACGAGUUUCAAGCUCUUUCUGGACAACUGGAACAUUCAAACAGCUCAGUGGCUCAAACGCGUGUGCUACGAGCGCUGUCCUGUCAACCCCACGGCCGCCACCUUCCUGCUGUCAGCCAUGUGGCACGGCGUCUACCCCGGCUACUACCUGACCUUCGUCACCGGCAUCGGGAUGACCAUGGCUGCCCGAGCAGUACGGCACAACAUCAGACCGUACUUUCUGGUCUCCGACUCGCACAAGCGCGUCUACGACGUCCUGACCUGGGCCUGCACACAGGUAGCCAUCAGCUACACGGUGGUGCCGUUCGUUCUGCUGGCUGUGGGACCCUCGCUCAAGUUCUACAGCUCGUGGUACUUCUGCUUGCACCUGCUGUGCCUGCUGGUGGUUCUGGUCCUGCCCGUCAAAUCGAGGCGCCGGCAGGCCAGAGAGGAGCGGGACGGCCUGCCGCAGGACGCGGCGCGGGGCGAGCGGCGCCAUCACAGCAGCACAGACAACAACUGCAACCAGAGGGACAAGACCACAUGAGACCCGGCGUGGCCGCCGCCUCAUCAGAGGCCACGUCUGGACCGGGCCGGGUCCGUUUACCUGACAAAGAACCAAAAAAAAACACUCUUAAGGAAUCCUUUCUGAGAACAAACACAAAACUUCCAGUAGCAACGCGGAGGACAGCAGUCAAACGGCGGAUAAAGGAACCAUAGGAGGCGAUGUGAGGAAGAGGAGGAGCUGCCUUAAACCCUCCAUGUACUCCACAGGUGAGGAAGGCCCAGGUGGGCCGCUGGUGUGAGCAGACGGCGAGUACGUGGAGGGUCUCUGUCAGCGUCUGGAAACCAGCGAGGAAGAAACCAACUUUAUUAUCAGCUGCCAACUCGGAACAGGCCUUAGGAUCCUCAAAAGAUUUCAUUACUAAGUUUUUGUUUUUUAAUCUUUCUCUCCGAGAGCUCACGUUGUGUGUUUUGUGUUUAGCUGUUUGUGACGACUGUAUUUAAAAAAAAAAAGCAUUCUUAAUGUUAAUUUCUUGUUUCCGGGAUGAUUUGGCUCUGAAACGGCGGAGGGAUUUCUGAUGAGCCCUGUCCCACACCUAGAAAAGGAUGUGAAAGGAUUUCUGUUCCGCUCGUUCUGCCUGUUGUAUCCGUCGCUUUAUUUGACUAACAAAAGAUUUAACGGGCGCUUUUAUUUGCUCACAACAGGCCUCCUCUGGGUUCCUGCGCAGCGUCUCCUCAGAGGAGUCCUUUUCCCGCAUUCUGACGUUACAUCCACAAACUACAGUGUGUUUUUUGUAGAGAUUUUUAUGAUGAAUCAACAAAAAGUAGUGCCUGAUUGUGAAGUGGAAGACAACUUAUGCCAGGUUUUUAUAUUAAUUGUUAAGUAAGAAGGUUCAAGUCUCGCUAACGAUAACUGGUUGGAACUUUGACUAGACCACUCUAAGCGAUGCAUAAUGAUUGGACCUGCAUUGGAUGCAUGUUCAGGCUGGUUCUCCUGCUGGGAGGUGAACCUCCACCCCGGUCUCAGGUCUCCUGCAGCCUCUGACAGCCUGAUCUGUCGCUGCUGAUCAGAUGCAUCCCUGCAGCAUCGUUCACCGCGGCGUUGCUGCGUACAGGCUGAUGUACGUGGUUCGAUAUUCUGUCGCUCUCAGCAUGUCGGUUAAUCUGUUGCAUCGGCUGACUGCGGUGUCCCCUAAGUGGCUUGUGACAAACUUUAAGGAGGACUCUCUUCUUGCAGCCCUGCCUUUAAGGCCAGAUUUGUGGAGUGUAUGAUGAACAGAUCACCUGAGCUGUGGAUCUCUGCAGCUCAUCCAGAGCUACCAUGCUCUGCCUCUAGGCUGCUUCUUUAAAUAAUGCUCUCCUUGUCCGGUUUAUCGCUUCUCUUCGUAGGUUUGCAGUUGUGCCGUCGUCUCUCCAUCCUCUUCCUUCCACUUCACGGUCAUACACUACGAUGUGAGGCUCUGUCGAGGACCGCCACUGUCCUGCAGCCUUUGGAUGAGGCUGAAUUACCUCCUUGGCGUGUCAGCAGGUUUUUGCAAAGGGUCUGGUCGUUAAGGUUCAGGCGUGUUGGAGCAGAGAUGCGUCCAGAGGCUGCAGAUCGUAUAAAAUCCUGUUAAAAUACCUCAGAGUUUCUGAUCGUAACAUGAUGAAAUGUGAAGGAAAAAAAAACCCUUCCUUUUCACUACUUUUGCAAAGUUCUGUAAAUUAAGUCAGGCAAAUUAUCAGACUAUUAUUUCCAUGAUUUGUGCAUAUGUGUUUAGCUUUUAUCUUAAAAACCUAGCUGCAGUCUGAUUGGAUUAAAGCGUCGACCUGCAGUGUGGCAAAUGCGUCUAUCUCUGAGGAAAAUUGCUAAUUUUUAUUAAAACGUGAGGUGACGUUGUCUACCUUCAGACUCCUAAACCAGCCGGUAGAGUUUUUGGUCUUAUCUUUAUAUUGUGAGCCCUUAAUGUUAGAGUCGGGCUUGUUCCAGGGUGUUUUGUACUGUACGGUGUCACUGCUUCCUUCAGCUCCUCUUAGGAACCUUUCAGAGCCUCCUCUUCGGUUUAAAGCGGCCCUGAUAUUGGUUCUGUGUCAGGAGAUUUAAUCUCUCCGUUUGAAUUAGAAUAUCAUGGUUCCUCAUUAAAGUUACGGAUUAUUUACAGAGAAUUAUAAUUGCAAACUCAUUUAAAUGUGAAGCAACAAAGCAGCAGAUGUGAAGCCUUUCCCUCUGAACCUGUCCUGUGUUGUUAUUGUUGUUGUAUUGUUUUUUUUUUUGCCUAACAUUUGCAUUUUCCUGCCAUAACUCUGUGUGUUUACCAUUUCUUGUGAUCUGUCGACGUCGAUUGUGAUUUUUAAAAGAACCCACAUUGUGUGGCCCGGGCUGUAUGUCGGAAAGGGACGUGGCUGCUGCAGACACGGCGGCCGCGGCGCUGCAUGGCCGCCCAUACCAGCAGAUCAAUGCAAACGGCUCCAUAUGUCCAAAGUGCCAAAUC